AAUGAGCUACUGUGGCAGCUGCUAUGGGGGCCUGGGCUAUGGCUAUGGCUCUGGGUAUGGCUGUGGAUGUGGCAGCUACUGUGGAGGCCUAGGCUAUGGCUAUGGCUCUGGGUAUGGCUGUGGAUGUGGCAGCUACCGUGGAGGCCUAGGCUAUGGCUAUGGCUCUGGGUAUGGCUGUGGAUGUGGCAGCUACCGCGGAUAUGGCUAUGGCUGUGGUGGCUAUGGCUAUGGAGGCCUGGGCUGUGGUGGCUAUGGCUAUGGCUGCUGCCGCCCAUCUUGCUGUGGAAGAUAUUAUUCCUGUGGCUUCUACUGA